UCACAAUAACACAACCACUUCAAGGCAGAAUGGAAAGUCUGGAUGAGGCUCCUGGGGGCGUAGGAGAUGGCGAGAGCAACAACCAAGAGCGAGAAGAUCAAUACGAGACAUCCCAUUAUACGAGUCCGCUCUUCUCUGAUCCAUGGAAACCAUACCAACGGCCCCGUGCCAUUAUCAAAGAAUGGCUGCUGAGUCUGAGGUGUUGUUUGGGAUCGAUGUUUGGGAUUGAGUGGUAUGGCUACGCUGCUCUCGGAGUCAUGAUGGCCUUCCUCAGCUUUCUCAUGGACCUGAGUGUAACAAAACUGCUGAGAGCUCACCAAUGGCUUUAUGUGAAACUAGAGGGCAACAGUCUGCUGCAGUUCUUCUGUUGGACUCUUUACCCAGCAUGCCUCUGUGCUGUCGCGUCAUCAUUCUCCCACAACAUCUGUCCCUUCUCCACAGGCUCGGGGAUACCUGAGGUACGAACCAUGCUGGCUGGCAUUGAAAUGCCUCAUUACUUGUCUCUCACUAAUAUGUUUGCCAAGUUCCUGGGCCUAAACUGUGUACUGGCAGCAGGCAGCACUGUUUUCCUGGGCAAAGUGGGUCCACUUGUGCAUCUUUCCACCAUGAUGGGAGCCUACCUUAGCAAACUCUGCACUCUCAUACAAGACAACAAGAAGGACAAAGGAGCUGGAGAAAUGUUGGUUGUAGCUGCUGCGGUCGGCGUAGCCAGCUGCUUUGGAGCUCCCAUCAGUGGUGUGUUGUUCAGCGUGGAGGUCAUGUGUUCUCACUUUGCCCUGAGGCAUUACGUCCCGUGUUUCUUCUCAGCUGCGUGUGGGGCGUUGACCUCCCGCCUCUUCACGGUGUGGAGUGGAGAUGGAGAGACUCUUCAGGCGCUGUUCAAAACUAAUUUCCCCACUGCUUUACCGUUCUACCCGCUGGAGAUUCUGCUGUUUGCUUUGUUAGGGCUGCUGUGUGGAGCUGUGAGCUGCUGCUACCUCUUCUGCCAUCGGUGGAUGCUGCAAUUUACCAAAACAAACACGGCAUUCGUCAAGAUGCUGACGACAGAGAAGGGUCUAUACUCAGGCGUGGUGGUCUUCCUCCUGGCAUCGGUGACGUUUCCGUACUCUGCCGGACAAUUCAUGGCAUCUAAGUAUACCAUGAAUCAGCUCCUCACCUCCUUACUGGACAGCAGGCAGUGGAGCUCUCAGCACCAGAAUGCCUCUGUGCUGCUGCAGCCUGAGCCUUUGUCGGAGUGGAGCUCAUCAGGGAGUCCUGUCUGCCUGUCUUUGGCUUUCUUUCUGCUCAUGAAGAUGUGGAUGUUGGUCCUCGCCUGCACUCUGCCUGUUCCAGCUGGAUACUUCAUGCCAGUCUUUGUCUAUGGGGCAGCUUUGGGCCGUUUGCAUGGAGAAGGAGUAGCAUAUAUGUUUUCCUUUGGAGGGACUUCAGACCAACAGCAGGUUUCCAUUAAUCCUGGGGGCUACGCACUGGCUGGUGCAGCAGCUCUUUCUGGGGCUGUGACACACACCUUGUCCCCAGCUCUCCUGGCGAUCGAGCUUACCGGCCAGUGUAGCCAUGCCGUGCCCGUUCUCCUCGCCACUCUCCUGGCCAAUGCCCUGGCUCGCUCGGGACACCGCCCAUCCUUCUACGACGCCCUCUCUAUCAGCAAGAGGCUUCCACACCUGCCCUCUCUGAAGAAAGCAUGCCCUCUGCUUCCGUCCACCACUCUUGGACAUUUUCUGGGAGUGAAAUCGGUGCAGCUUCAGAGAGCAGCUGGUUCAGCCGAGAUUCAACAUGCUGUCAAAACCAGCAGUGAAACUCAAAUCCCUGUGGUUGAGUCUCACGAGUCACAGAUUUUAUUGGGCUUCGUGCUUCGAUCAGAGCUGCUGAUUUUCCUGCGUCGCCCCAAGACUGAGACUCUGGAGAAACAUCUGGAUGAGGUCUGUUGUAUUCAUCCAACCUCUGUCCUGUUAUCACCUCACAACACUGUUCAGGAGGCCCACAGAAUACUGAGUGUCGUUGGAGACCAGACCUUGUUUGUCGCAGAGAGAGGACGUUUGGUUGGGUUACUAACAUGGACACAGAUGAAGAAGAUAUUGGAGGACUUGGCCAAAGAAAUCUAAGCUUUCACACAUAGGAACUGAGUGAAUCCUUGAUCUUUUGAAGCCUCCAUGAAUCGAUCCAAGACCGUCUCUUAUAAUGACAUGAUGUCAUCAGUCUCCUGGCAUUACAACAUAUCCACAUAAAAUGUAAUACCUGAGCUUAUUGUCUUGGCUUUUAUUGAAAGUUGAAACAUGGUGUCCAUUGACGAGAUAGUAAACGUGCCUCAUCAGUGAACUGCACUUUGUGACACAACUGUAUCAAAAGUGUUUCUAUCCAGAAUAGGAUCCAGGGGAGAUGAAAACAAAAAGCCAAUAACUAAUCAAUUAACACAUCAAAACCCUGCUGAUUGGUUUUGAGUGGACAUCUCGCCCCAACACUUCCAUUCAUUAUGAUCGAAUAAAGAUAUUGAUCAUGCAACAUUUUAGACUUUACACAUGUAAUACUAUUAUAUUGAUGGGAUUUCUAACUACUGUUAUUCUCUGUCUUGUUUGUGACAUAAUCAUGCUAAUGUUUUGCUACAACUGUUCUCAUAUUUGGGGACGGUUUCUGAGACGCCUCACACAAGCGUAUUAAGGGAGAGCACUUUAAAACUGAUUAAAGGGAGAGUUCACAUUUUUCAAACUUAAUAAAACAAAAGAACAAAUACAUAA